AUGAGAAUGUCGAAAGGGAGUCCACCUCGCCCGACCAUGUCGGAAAAGGAAGAACCGACACCGAUCUGUCGAUGUCGGGUCCUCUACCUGGGGUCGGCGGUCCCUCACAUCACAAAAGAUGGGCUUCAGGGGAUUCAGCAACCCCUGAAGGAACUCUACCCAGAACAAGGUGCUUCCGGUGCCAAGGGCAUAGAUUCCUGGCUGAGUGUGUGGAGCAACGGAUUGCUCUUGGAGAACGUGGACGAGCGGAACAAAAAGUUGUCCCGGUUCUUCCCGAUCGAGAGUCUUCAUUAUUGUGCUGCAGUGAGAUUCGUCGUGGUUCCGGGUUCCACGGGCGAGAAGGUACCCCGAUUCCUUCCGUUGGACUCCCCCUUUGCCAGGAACCCGAAUUUGAACCAUCCCCCUCUGUUCGCCUGCAUCCUCCGUCGGACGACGGGAAUCAAAGUUCUCGAGUGCCAUGCCUUCAUUUGCAAGAAAGAGGCCCCGGCGAACGCCUUGGUCCGCUGCUGCUUCCACGCCUAUGCCGACAACAUGUACGCGAAGCAGAUCGAAGGAGGAAGCGUGUACGGGACCCUGAGCAACGGCCCCACGAAGACCCAGAGCAUCGAGGAACACCUCGACAUCUCGGAUGACAUGAGUGCCGCCGGGGGCCCCUCGGUCAAGUCCGAAGUGGUGCCCAACGGUGACGUCACGGGAGACGAGAUCUCCGUCUACAACGGAGACGACAACCACAAGGUCUGGGCUGGAGGGGAAAAAGAAACCAUCUACGAAUACGGAGGGAGUACCCUGAGGAGCCUGAGAUCGAACGGAUCGAGACCUCGACAGUUGGCAGCACCGAUCCCGGCCCCACCCCCGCCGGAAACCAUGGUGAAGCCCACGAAGGAUAAGAAAAAGAAAAGCAAGCUCUCGCCGCCGAAGACGAAUGGGAUGAUGAUAAUGAACGGAACCCCAUUAGGAAUGAGGGUGCCGGGACCGGGGCGACCGUCGAGUGUCAUGAAUGGUCCAGGGAUGCGACCGGGUCCCAUGAUGAACGGUCACGGUCCGUUCAUGGCUCCCCCACCUCCACCGGGUCGUGGACGACCCAUGGUGGUGGGCACGUACUCGGAGCGUCGACCCAGGCUCAUGCCUCGUCCCAUCCCGCCGGUGUUCAUGGGUCCUCCACCGCCGGGCCCCAUGGUCCCCGUUCCCGGCCAUCAUCCCUUCAUGGCUCCUCCGCCCAUGAUGAUGAUGGGGCCUCCACUUCGGCGACCUCCUUCGAGGAUCAUGGAGGAGCCGAUUUACAUGCCAUCGGCCCGACCCAUGAGCCCAGUGGCGUCCUAUCAACCGGCUCACUUCCCCCACGAAGACUACUACUUCCAAUAUGCGACGACGGAGAGACCGGCCAAGUUGAAGAAGAAGAAGAAACAUCAUCGAGAGGAUAUGGUCCCGCCCAUGGAAUCGCCCUUCAACACGGGAAUCUACAAGAAGAAAGGUCAUCUGAACGAGCGUGCCUUCUCCUAUUCCAUUCGUCAGGAGCAUCGUUCUCGGUCUUACGGCUCCCUCUCGAAUCUCCACUUCCCCCAGGCGAACGGGGAUGGGGGAGCUCCGCCCUUGGGACUCAAAGAGGACAUGAAAAAGGAGCGGGAGAUCCUUCAAAUGGUGCAUGAUUUGGACUUGUCCGGCGAUGAAAUCGAGCGACAGGAGGUGCCUCCGGCCAUGUAUGCGAAACGGGCCUCCAAGAAUAACAACAACCUGUAG